AUGAUUAAUGCAGCUCUAAUAAGUGGUUUGCUUUCAAAUUUGGCACCUCUGAUUAAGGAUGAAUUCUCGUUGUUUUGGAAUUUUAAGGAAGAUGUUCUAAAGCUAUCAAGCACACUAUCUUCAAUUAAUGCUGUACUUGAGGAUGCUGAGAGAAAGACCGUGCGGGAGAAGGACAAACAAACGGAAGAUUGGUUGCGGAAACUCGGAAAUGUAUUGUAUGAGGUUCGAGACAUCAUGGAUGAUUGCACCUUUAAAGAUCUUCGUCUUCAAGUCAAAAGGCUUAAUGCCUCCUCUUCAACCCGGAUCCAGGUAACCAACUCAAUAACCCAUCCUUUUAGCAAUAUUUGGAUGCGUCGAGAAAUUGGUCAAAAAAUUAAGGAGGUUCAAAAGAAACUAGACCAAAUUUCUUCGGAGCGCCAAAAGUUACAUUUGCGUGAAUCUAUUCAUGACUCAAAAAUAGACAAGUUUACUAGUAGUUGGCGUGAAACCAUGUCUCUUCCUAGUUCUACUAAAGUAUAUGGGAGAGACAAGGAGAAGAAACAGAUUAUCGAUAUUCUACUCAAUAAAACAUCUUCUAGUAUUAAUGUUGCCAAAGGACUAUCUGUUCUUCCCCUUGUUGGAAUCGGGGGUCUUGGUAAAACAACAUUUUCCCAAAUGGUCUUCAAUGACGAGGAGAUUGCUAACCAUUUUGAUACCAAAAUCUGGGUUUGUGUUUCUGAUGAAUUUGAUAUUAAGUUGGUCAUCAAAGCCAUCAUAGAAGACAAGGCAGAAGCUUGCUUAGAAGAUUUGCAGAAAAAAGUUAGGGAUAAGUUGAAAGGAAAAAAAUAUUUGAUUAUAUUGGAUGAUGUUUGGAAUGAAAAUGUUGAGGCAUGGGAUCAGUUGAGAUCUAUCUUGGAUUGUGGAUCAAGUGGUGCGUUCGUCCUUACAACGACACGUAAAAGAAAUGUGGCAAGAAUCAUGGAAACAAUUCAACAUUUUGAGUUAUCAUUGCUCUCUAACGAUGAUUGUUGGCUACUUUUUGAGCAACGUGCAUUUAUGUGUGGAACACCAAAAUCUUCAAACUUUGUUGAUAUUGGAAAAGAAAUAGCUAGAAAAUGUAAGGGUGUUCCUUUAGUUGCCAAAACAUUAGGAAGUCAAUUGGGCUUUAAGAGUGAUAUACAUGAAUGGUGUAAAAUAAGAGAUAGUGAGAUAUGGGAGAUAUCCCAAAAUGAAGAAUCUGAUCUCUUGCCUAUUCUAAGGUUGAGUUACUAUGACCUCCCUUAUCAUUUGAGAAGAUGCUUUGUGUUUUGUGCUAUAUUUCCAAAAGAUACUGAUAUUAAAAAGGAGAGAUUAAUCAAAUUGUGGAUAGCCCAUGAUUUAGUUCCUACAAAUAAAAAUCAAGAACUUGAAGAUAUUGGGAAUACAAUUUGGAAGGAGUUGUGUUGGAGAUCCUUUUUUCAAGAUGAAAAAACUAAUUAUUAUACAAGAUGUAAGAUUCACGAUCUUAUGCACGAUCUUGCCAAAUCAGUUAUGAAAAAAGAGUGUUAUAGGCUGGAUGCUAGUAGCUCAAGUGAUGGUUUAGGACAUGAAAUUCGUCAUGUAACAAUAAUGUUUCACUGGUCAGCCAAAACACCAGUCUAUUCUCUUAAAAAAAUGCGAGGAUUGCAAUCAAUAAUGCUCUAUGGAAGAGAUAAUGGAGAAGGAGCAAUGGAGAUUUUGAGUGUCUUGAAGAAAUUUCCGUCUUUACGUGUCCUUGAAGUAAGCAACGAUAUGAAAUAUCUUGGUAUGUCUUAUUUGCAAUGUCAAGAUUUGCGUCUUGUGGGAUGUCUAAAACAUCUUAGAUACUUAGACAUUUCCUAUAGUAGGAUAAUAGCAUUACCCAAUAGUAUUUGUAAUCUUUUGAACUUGCAGACUCUACAACUCAAUUCUUGUUGUCAGCUUGAACGAUUGCCUAGAAACACAAAAAACCUUAUUAGCCUGAGACAUCUUUAUUUGGAGGGUUGUAGUAGAUUAAUCUACAUGCCUGGAGGGAUGGGGCAAUUGAAACUUCUCAAGACGCUAAGCUUGUUUGUGAUAGGUGAGAAGAAGAGUGACUGUCAACUAGAUGAAUUAAAAAAAUUGGAUAUCGGUGGAUCAUUGAAAAUUAAACGCCUUGGAAGAGUUAGUGAUGCAUCUAUUGCAAGAGGGAUAAGUAUGGCUAAAAUGUCGAGUAUCAAUAAAUUGGAUCUGGAAUGGACAUCUAACAAUGAAGUCGAUGAUAAUGAGACAAAUAGUACUAGAGAUGAGAAAAUUGGUGAAGCUCUGGAGGUUUCAACUACAAUGCUGCAGGAAUUACAAAUGAGUGGUUACAAAGUUUAA